AACCUGGUAUCGAAUGGGUUGAAAGACACAUGAAAGUAAAAUGUGUCUGAAGUUGUCAUUUUUCAUCUUAUCUGGAAACAUGCGCCAUUUCUGCCUAAGACCUAAAUUUGGGCCUCUGUGUUUAGCAUUUAACAUAAUCCAACAGUCAGUCAUGGACACCUUUCAUCACUGACUGAUCAGGGUGCUGUGCAAAAAGCUUAGUGGAAGCAUGCCGGGUGACUGCAGCCUUGAGAGGAUUAUGAAACGCACUCCAUUCAGGGGAGUGAACCACAAGGUUUGGAAUCAAUGCUUUAUGAGCCACCACUCACAUACAUAUCCAGGACAUGUGUUACAGCUGUAUCACUCCCCAUGUGAAUCCAAUGGCUGACCCAGAGACAUCAAAAGUGUUUUACCUGGUGGUGGUUUAAAUAAAAGUAUAUUUUUGGAUUUGAAGUGGGAAAUCAAGUUCCCUUGAGUGAGAGAUAAGCUAGCUAGAGAUUCAGUAUGAAGUUGCUAGAUUAGUCAUCACUUUGUAAGAUGAUCUAGCAACUGCCCGCAUUACCAAAACGGUCAAUACCUGCUUCAGAGACCAUGGGGAACACACGGCGUAAGAUUGGCCAAAGACCCAACUUUACCGAAACACUGUGAUCUUGUGAAGACAAAUGGGUGACCAUACUGUUUUUUUUUUUUACUUUAAAAAAGGUUUUAUCACCACUAGCAACCUUUACUUGAGAGUGGUCAGACAGGAAGGUAGAUUUUAAGGGAGGGGGGAGACAUGCAGCAAAGGUCACUGGGCUGGGACUCGAAGUCAUCAAGGACUGGGGCCUCCACAAAUGGGUCACGCUUUACCCUUGCACCAUCACAGCACCCAACAUGACCAUACUUUUAAGAAGCAUCUAUUUCUGAAAAACUGUAUGGGUGUGUAUUUAUUUAUUUAGGGUAAGCUACAAUCAUAAAAAUGAACAGACAGACACAUGCAAUAAGUAACUCUGUAAGUAAUUAAUCAAUGUAAGAGGUGUUUACCUCUUUUUAUUAAAUUGCUGAAAAAGGUUAGCAUACUCAGGUAUUCAUACAAAAAUGCCAAAACCAACAAAAUAAACCUAUAUCAACAUCACGUCUUAGGAAAAUAUAUUAAAAAGACUGAUGCUAUAGCAUAAUUGCUUUUUUAAAAUUCUAAAAUUAUGUAUAAAAAGAGUACAUUUACACCACAAAAUGUUUUUUGCAGUUUAUUUCAAAGAUAAACACUGCGAACCUGUCAGAUUUACUCAACUUAGCCUCUGCACGUCAAGUCCAGAGGGGUGUGUUUGGUAACUGUGCCAUAAAUUUCUGAUUGACAGCUCAAAUUCAAAACAUUAACAGAGGCCACGCCCCUCUUGUGGCUCCUCUGAAUGAACCGACCAAUCGCGUGUAUUCUGGCGCGGGGUUUCGUCCGACAGCCCCGCCCACCUCUCUAGCUAACCGAACGGAGAUUGUUUUCCUCUCGGGGAGAUUUUUCACUUUGCUGCUCACUGCCCGAAUUGUUUAUUUUAAAGUCACACGCCGCCGACAAGUUGCUUUUCACACUCUUGUGUUUUUAAACCAGAGGUGCGGUGGUGGGUCAAAAUAUAACGGAUCGUCAUAUAAUCGCCUGCAAACUUCUGAGCGCUGUUUGGGAGAGUGGUCUCGCAGCUCUCACAAGCAUGAGUUCAUAAUGAAGCGCCGUCUGGAGGAUCAGGACACGGUUUUUGCGUCGCAGCAGCGGAGGCUCGCUGGCAACCCGGAGCCUUUCCAGCAUCGCAUCCUGGCCCCCGCCCCUGCUGCUCCAGCCGUGUAUGAAGCCGUGACCGACAACAUGCAGCCCACAGCUGGCGUCCAGUACUCCGUCCCCCAGGGAUACCAGGUCCCUACCGUGGCCCAGAACAGCGGCAGUCACAGUCACGUCCCGAGUCCGGCGGUCCACACUGGGCCCCACCAUCACAGCCCCGCCGUUCAGUCCCACGUGCCCUCUGUGAUGUCGGGGCACGGGCACACAGCGGCCCCUCCAUCCUCAGCACAAGGUCACCAGCAAUUCCAGAGGCUUAAGGUGGAAGACGCUUUGUCAUAUUUGGAUCAAGUGAAGCUCCAGUUUGGGAACCAGCCUCAGGUCUACAAUGACUUUUUAGAUAUAAUGAAAGAGUUCAAGUCGCAAAGCAUCGAUACUCCCGGGGUCAUCAGCAGGGUGUCGCAGCUGUUCAAAGGUCACCCCGACCUCAUCAUGGGGUUCAACACUUUCCUCCCCCCGGGCUACAAGAUAGAGGUCCAGACCAACGACCUGGUAAAUGUAACGACACCAGGUCAGAUCCACCACAUAACGCCGCACGGCAUCUCGGUCCAGAACAUCCCCAUAACGGGAGCAGCCACCCAGCAUCCGCCCCAGCUCCCAAUUGCUGCGACAACCACUGCCGCCGCAGCCGCUCCGCCUCUUCUGACGCAGCCAUCCCCCGCCAAGAUGAGCAAGCCGCCUCAGCCACAGGCGCUGACACCAACCAGCCAGACCAAUCCAUCCAUCCCCGCGUACACCUCCCCCCGCUCUCCACCCGUGCAACUCCACCCAGCCCUCGGUGGGACCCCCGCUGGCCCGCCUAUGCAGAACAACCAGCCCGUGGAGUUCAACCACGCCAUCAACUACGUCAACAAGAUCAAGAACCGCUUCCAGGGCCAGCCGGACAUCUAUAAAGCCUUUCUGGAGAUUCUCCACACAUACCAGAAGGAGCAGCGUAAUGCUAAAGAGGCUGGAGGUAACUAUACGCCAGCUCUGACAGAGCAGGAGGUCUAUGCUCAGGUGGCCAGGCUCUUCAAGAACCAGGAGGAUCUGCUAUCGGAGUUUGGACAGUUUCUCCCUGAUGCCAAUAGUUCGGCAAUGCUAAGUAAGACCAACGCAGAGAAGGCCGAGUCCGUAAAGAACGACCACGGUCUCACCACCAAAAAGGUGGUGCUCAACAACAAACAGAGGCCCAAUCAGAACGGCUGUCAGAUCCGACGCCACCCGACUCCGGGGCCCAUGCCGCCCGUCAAGAAAAAGCCCAAGUUACUGAAUCUGAAGGACUCUCCAGUGGCAGAUCCCAGCAAACACGGAGUCGGCACAGAGUCUCUGUUCUUUGAAAAGGUCCGCAAAGCCUUGCGGAGUGCCGAGGCUUACGACAGCUUCUUACGCUGCCUGAUCAUCUUUAACCAAGAGGUGAUCUCCAGGGCUGAACUGGUGCAGCUGGUGCUGCCCUUUUUGGGGAAAUUUCCAGAGCUGUUCAACUGGUUCAAAAACUUCCUGGGCUAUCGCGAAAUGUCCCACAUUGAGACGUACCCCAAGGAACGCGCCACCGAGGGCAUCGCUAUGGAGAUCGAUUACGCUUCYUGUAAGAGGCUGGGUUCCAGCUACAGAGCUUUGCCCAAAAGCUACCAGCAACCCAAGUGCACCGGCAGAACUCCGCUUUGUAAGGAGGUCCUGAACGACACCUGGGUCUCCUUUCCCUCGUGGUCCGAGGACUCCACGUUCGUCAGCUCCAAGAAAACUCAGUACGAGGAGCACAUCUACAGGUGUGAGGACGAACGCUUCGAGCUGGAUGUGGUCCUCGAGACCAACCUGGCCACCAUCAGAGUGCUGGAGACGGUGCAGCGGAAGCUGUCCCGCAUGUCCGCCGAGGAGCAGGCCAAGUUUCGGCUGGACAACACGCUGGGCGGCUCCUCGGAAGUCAUCCACCGCAAGGCCAUCCAGAGGAUAUACGGAGACAAAGCUCCCGACAUCCUAGACGGCCUGAAGAAGAACCCGGCCGUUUCUGUUCCCAUCGUGCUGAAAAGGUUAAAGACAAAGGAAGAGGAGUGGCGGGAAGCCCAGCGAGGCUUCAACAAGAUCUGGAGGGAGCAGAAUGAGAAGUAUUACCUCAAGUCUCUGGACCACCAAGGCAUCAACUUCAAACAGAACGACACCAAAGUGCUUCGAUCCAAGUCUUUGCUGAAUGAAAUCGAAAGCAUCUAUGAUGAGCGGCAGGAGCAGGUGUCAGAGGAGAACGCCACGGCCCCCGCAGGCCCCCACCUGACGCUGGCGUAUGAGGACAGCCAGAUCCUGGAGGACGCGGCGGCGCUCAUCAUCCACCACGUGAAGCGUCAGACCAGCAUUCAGAAGGAGGACAAGUACAAGAUCAAGCAGAUUAUCUACCACUUCAUCCCCGACAUGCUGUUCGCGCAGCGCGGCGAGCUGUCGGACCUGGAGGAGGAGGAGGAGGAGGAAGAGGACGGCGAGCCGGACGAGGCGGGCGCGUCCAAGAAGCACAACGGUGUCCCGGGCAGCGGGAGCCCCUCCAAGUCCAAGCUGCUGUUCGGCAACACGGCGGCGCAGAGGCUGCGCUCGUGUGAGGAUGACGCUUACAACCUCUUCUUCGUCAACAACAACUGGUACAUCUUCCUGCGGCUGCACCAGACGCUGUGCUCGCGGCUGCUGAGGCUGUACGAGCAGGCGGAGCGGCAGAUCGACGACGACGUCCGCGAGCGGGACUGGGAGAGGGAGGUGCUGGGGCUGAAGAAGGAGAAGAACGACAACCCCGCCGUCCAGCUGCGACUCAAAGAACCCAUGGACAUCGAAGUGGAGGAUUACUACUCGGCCUUCCUGGAGAUGGUCCGAAAUUUGCUUGACGGGAACAUGGAGGCGUCUCAGUACGAGGACUCCCUGAGAGAAAUGUUCACCAUCCACGCUUACAUCGCCUUCACCAUGGACAAGCUCAUCCAGAGCAUCGUCCGGCAGCUGCAGCACAUAGUGAGCGACGAGAUCUGCGUCCAGGUGACUGACCUGUACCUGGCCGAGAGCGGGAACGGCGCCACCGGGGGCGCCGCGUCCGCGCAGCCGUCGAGGAGCCCGGCCGAGGCGGCCUACCAGCGUAAAGCCGAGCAGCUCAUGUCUGAUGAGAACUGCUUCAAGGUGAUGUUUUUGAAAAGCAGAGGGCAAGUGCAGCUGACAGUGGAGCUGCUCGACACGGAGGAGGAGAACUCCGACGAGCCCCUGGAGACUGAGCGUUGGUCUGACUAUGUUGGACGUUACCUAAACCCGGACUCCACCACUCCGGAGCUGAGGGAGCACCUCGCCCAGAAGCCCGUGUUUCUACCCAGGAACCUGAGACGGAUCCGGAAGUACCAGAAGGGCAGGGAGCAGAUGGACAAGGAGGCCUGCGAAGGAGGGAAGAAAUCCAUGGAAAAKGAGAAGAUGGAGUGCAUGUUCAAACUAAACUCCUACAAAAUGGUCUACGUCUUUAAGUCUGAGGACUACAUGUAUCGACGCACCGCCCUGAUGAGGGCUCACCAGUCACACGAGAGGGUGAGCACGCGGCUGCACAAGCGCUUCCAGGCCUGGGUGGACGCCUGGGUCAAAGAGCAUGUCACCCGCGACAUGGGCGCCGACACCACCAAGUGGCUCAUGGGCGAAGGGCGUGACGGCCUGCUGCCCUGCUCCACCACGCGUCACCCGGAGGUCCUCCACUUCAUGAACAUCAACAAGUACCGCGUGAAAUACGGCACGCCGAGCAAGGCGCCGUAGCCGACGGCAACGGGGGUGGUAGGGGAGGAGACAUGGUGGACUCCUGGGGGGAGGUGUGGUCUGAGGCCACAAUGUAGAGGUAGGGAUUAAUAUUGUGAUUUUUCUUUUUUUUAUUAUUUUUAAAGGCCAACAUGGGAGCAACGCUGAUAUUCGCUCCCUCAUGUGUUACAUCCAGGGCGGCAGGAUGCCAGGUUUUUCUGUUUGUAUUGUUGUUUUACCAGCGUUUUUAGCUGGGCCCAGCUCUUUUUUUUUUUUUUUUUUCUUUUUUUUUCCCACAGGGCCUUUUGGUGCCAAAAUUUAGGAGUGCUCACGUUCCUGAGCUCCAACCAGCACUCAGAGCCACGGCACAAACGUUUUCUUCCUCGAGCUGGUUUCCGACAGGCGGGAGUGAAACGGCGAGUGGUGCUUUCUGGACUUUCCUCCGAACCGAGCUUCACUUCGGCUCGAUGCCAGCCGCCCCUCCAGUCAGAAGCUCCCAUCUUCCUACCUGAGGCGUUAUUUAUGGGAAAAACAAUGAGAUGAAGCAAAGUGCACUUAUCCAGAAGGAGGAAGGGAUUUGGAGGGUCUGAUUCCGACACGACAUUCCCGCAUUCACGACAGAAUCCAGAUCACGCGUCGUCACCGGGUGAAAAGCGGGAGGUUCGGGGGGGUUAGGGUUGGUCGGGGUUCACGUUUCUUUUUCCGAAACACACGGCAGCAUUAUUACAGACUGUGCCUGAGCCCUACGCGGUGCUGUCGGGUUACCGCAGGAAAGCACUGUUUCGUUUCAUGUAAUAAAAACAACAAAAAGUAAAAAACAAAAAAAAGAAAUCACAACACUGUUUGUUCCUCCAACUGUAAAAUUGUAUAGCUUGUGAAUGUCAGAUCCUGACAUGUAUUCCAGUGUAUGUGUUGUGUAUAUAUAUUAUAUAUAGUUCUAUUAACACACAAGAUCCUCGCCGCCCUGGAAGUCGACCUUUUAAAGACGCCCUCUGCCAAUACACCAGCUCACUCACUGAACUCACACACUCUCACUCGCUCGACUCAUUCUGGGAGGACUGUCCUCGUCCCGCUCGUGUUGUAAAUACUCUGUAAAUAGUCUCAGACUUUUUAUGACGGAUCCGUGUUGUUGUGCUAGUCUUUCCAAUCUUACUGUGGACUUUAGUGAUUAACGGCUAAAGUUAGGAUGUACAUGAAACGGACAAAUGCGAGCCCAUUUAUUACCAUUUUUACCAAAGGGAGUUGUUAAUGAAACACUUAUGAUUUUUUUUCUUUUCUUUUCUGCCCCCUUGCCUUUGUGUGUUUUAUUUUCCGUCUUUGCUUUUUAAUUUCUGUCGUAAGAACAUCUGGAGGGGAGAGGGAAGUUCAAAUGAAUCCAGGUUUUUCAGUUUUUGUUUUGUUUCUUGUUUGUUUCGUUCUCUUGACCGAGACAGCUGUUCGGUCAAAAAUCACUGCCUCCGUUUGACAACGCCGUCCAAGGUUACUGGUGAGCCGUAUCUCAAAGAGCGAACCCCUCGGCACGCUUCCUUCUCUCCGGGUCGUUUUCUGCAACCCGCACCGUAUUUUUGAUAAUGUAAGAAGUCACAUGAGCAUGUCUUUAGUCCCUUUAUUUAGACCUUAUUUAAAGUAAUAAUAAAAAAUGACAUUUGUAGCCUAUGAAAAA